ACAAAACAGUUGAUUGUCAGCGCUUCUAUUGUGAAGUUGCAGUUAAAGUUGUGUGUUAAUUGUUUUUCUUAGUUUCUAGUGUAUUCGGUGUAUUUUGUUCAUUUUGUUGUUCUCCAAUAAUGUCGAGAAAUGAAGACACGCCGAUUGUGACGCGCAGCAACAAUUACGGUACAACGCCAACGCUGCAGUCUGUGGAGCGCGGCGGCAACGACGGCGGCGUUCCUGGCAAUGGCAACAACAACAAUGCACCUGCAACACCUUCGCAGAUUUUCUGUUUGCAUGGCCGCUCCAACAACGUGGAAGUUGAAGUUCGGGAUCAUUGCCAUCGGGCGCGCAGCGAGGGCGUGGACGUGAAGGCGCGCCGUAAGCUGAUCAUUGCCAGCGUCUUGUGUUUGGUUUUCAUGAUCGCUGAAAUUGUGGGUGGCGUUUUAUCGAACAGCUUGGCCAUUGCAACGGAUGCCGCACACUUGCUAACCGAUUUCGCCAGUUUUAUGAUCUCACUGUUUGCCAUCUGGAUAGCCGGACGUCCAUCCACGCAACGAAUGUCAUUUGGCUGGUAUCGUGCGGAGGUAAUUGGCGCCAUGGCCUCCGUAUUUAUGAUCUGGGUCAUAACUGGAAUACUCGUUUGGCUGGCAAUUGGACGGCUCAUUAGUGGCGACUACGAGGUGGAUGCCAAGAUCAUGCUGAUCACAUCGGGCCUAGCAAUUUUGGUGAAUGUCAUCAUGGGCGUGCAGCUGCAGCACGGCCACUCGCACGGCUUGGGCGGCGGUCAUGGCCACAGUCAUGGCAGCUCAAAGAGCAACAAGCGCGGCAAGAAGCAUAAGAAGGCCACAGCUCAUGUGAAUGCCUCAUCGACGCCCUGUGCCGCAUCGCCAACGAAACGCAUCGAAGGCGGCGUCGCCUUUGAGCCGGAGGAUGCCGAAUUGCCUGCCGCUGGUCUGCCCAGUUUCUCGUAUCAGAAUGCCAAACUUGUGGAUCCAGGAUUGGAUCUGGAAAUAGCCGCCGUCCUGGCGGAAACGGCACCUGGCUCCCAUCAUCAUGGCGGCCAGGUGGGACGCGAGGCUGUCAACAUGAACGUCCGGGCCGCACUCAUUCACGUAAUUGGCGAUGUUAUCCAGAGCGUCGGCGUCUUUGUGGCCGCCGGCGUGAUCUUCUUUUGGCCAGAAUACGCAAUUGUCGAUCCAAUUUGUACGUUUGUCUUUUCCAUUAUUGUGCUCUUCACCACAUUUACAAUUAUGAAGGAUGCGCUGCUGGUACUAAUGGAGGGCACCCCGAAUUAUAUGCAUUAUGCCGAGGUAUUGCAGAUAUUCCAGCGCAUUGAAGGCGUGGAGCGUGUUCACAAUUUGCGCAUCUGGGCGCUGAGCAUUAAUAAAGUGGCCCUAUCUGCGCAUUUGGCCAUUGGGGCCAAUGCCAAUGCCAAGCAGAUACUCGAUGCGGCCACUUCAGCGGUUCAUUUGCGCUACAAUUUCUUCGAGACGACUAUCCAAAUUGAGGAUUAUACGGCCGAAAUGGAGAACUGUGUCCAGUGCUCGGUGCCGGAGAAGUAACCACAUGUAUUAUUGAAAGCGCUCACUGAAGUUUAUUGUUCAAUUAGCUCGUAAAGCCACAAACACAAAAUGUAUACUGUUUAACCCCGUACAUUCGCUUACCAAAAUGUAUCUGUAUCUAUGAGAUAAGCUCCCCCUCUUCACGCGCCUUUACUUCACACACACACACACACACACACACACUAUGUAAAGUGCAAACAAGUGCCCAUCAGUUGGCUUUGGCCAGAUGAGAGACAAUAAUCCUAAAUAUAAUGCGACACGUUUUCCAUCACGUCACAUAAUA